CAGUUUAGUCCGUAAUAAUUGGUGAUGUUUCGGAUGUACUCAAUAAAGCAAGAUAACUCCACUCAGUUCUCACUCACGGAUUAAAACAUUCCAGCACAAUAGUUUCAUUGUUCAGUCGAAGUGAACUAACAAGCCAAGGAGGAAGUAGUGUAGAAUUAACUUUUCCUGGCAAAGUUCCCAUCCCAACACCUUAACGUGCUGUCAAACCCCAGAAUUCUCACAUGAACAUGGAGCCACCAACAUGUCACAUGUCAGGAAACUCCCUAACCAUUCCUACUUAAGUCAAAGACCUCCAAAAACCCAUUCAGCUUCUCACACACACUACAGAGUCCUCUAGUGAAAUCCAUUGGCUCUCACUGCCUGUCUCUCUGUGUCUCUGUGGUUUGGUCUGCUGAUCAAAAUGCUGAGCGGUAAAGUUUGUAUCCUGGCUGGCGCGUUGUCUUUUCUUCUCAUCGCCACCUUCAUCCCGGGCACACAAGCAGCGGAUUGUUGUCUGAAAUACACCCGACGUCCAGUUGGUUGCAAACGACUUAAAGACUACACCCUGCAGGACAUAACCUCCUCGUGCGACCUCAACGCUGUCAUUUUCCACACACGGAGGUUGAAGAAGUUUAUAUGUGCCGACCCCACUCAAGCCUGGACCCAGAGUGUACUAAAAUGCCUCAAGAAGCGGAUUAAUAAGACAUCCCGCCAAAAAAAGAAGACCAGUGGCCGACCUGGUUGAGAACUCAUGACCACGUGGAGAGGGCUGUGCAGAUUCACCUCCGGUCAUGAAAUUGAGUGAACCGGUUUUAGCAAUGCACCGAUGACCGCACCCUUUCUCAUUCUGAAACGUGACAGCAGAGGGCGUAGCUCUCGUAGUAGUUGUAGGUUUUUUCCCAGUAUGCAAGACGAAUCAAUGAGUGAAUUUCAUCAUAGCAGAACGCAACUGCAUAAUGUAAAUAUGGCAAUGUGGGUUUAUUGAAUUUAGCCUGAGUUCUUUCCCUGAGAUAUAUAUAACAUAUAUUGUCUCUCAAUUUACAAUAUGUUUUUUAACCUAAGAUUCCUUUGUUCAUACUAAGUAUACUGUAUAUUAUGUAUAUGUUAUACAUGUUAUGAGGAAUAUUUUUCAGAAUAUCUAUGAUGCUGAGUUUGGUUGUGAUCUAAUAUUUAUCCUAGUCUGUUUUUCAUAAACAGCAAUUGUAGUAUUCAUAAUACGCAUGGAGAAAAAUGGAAACAUAGUUUUCAAACAAGGUACCACAAAAUAUUUUUGUGUUCAAGUUUCUUAUGCUCUCUUUAGUAUGAGCCAGACAAUGCCUUUUUAAUGUU